GGAAGGGGGACAUGUGAGAAGAUGACAAUAGACAAAUGCGCCCGGAAAUAUAGGGGGUUGUGCAUAAAAAGCUUUGUUUAUUCACUUCUACUUUUGUUGUUUUUUCUUUUUUUUUUCUCUAAAUUUUAUCCAAUAACUCACUCACUCACUCACUCACUCUCCAUUACUCAUUUCAUUACUCACACACCACUCAAUACUCCCUCAUUAAUCUUUCUUUCUCUCUCUCUCUUACUUACUCUGUCUUUCUGCCACACAUCACAGGCUUACAACAGCUGCUGCUCCCUCUCUUUUCUCUCUCUCUCUCUCUCUCUCUCUCUCUCUUCCAUCACUUGCUGCACUCUCUCCCUGCAAACCAAAACAAAACAAAACAAAGCAAAGCACCCUCUUUUCUUUAUUUGCAGAUCAAUACUCCUAUUCCUAUUACCCUAUACUCCUACUUCUUAUAAUGAGAAAAAGAAAACUAUUUACUACUAUUUCACCUCCUUCCAAACACAUACACCAAAUCUUCUCCACUUUCCCUUCUUUUUUCCUUUAAUUUCUUCAUUACCCUUCUAUUUUUCAAAUACCCAAUAAAUUUUAAUAAAACAAAUUAUACCCAUGACCCAUCUUUGGAUUUGACACCUUAAAUCUGAAAAACCCCCCCUUCAUUUUAGAGAGAUAAAAUUAAAUACUCUCAGAGAUUGGGAUUCAGAUUGAGAUUCAGGGAGAGACUAGUGAGUGAGUUCUCCUUUUAGCAAUGCAGUGCCUUUGCAGGUUAAGUACCUGUCUUACCUAAGUUAAGUCUCCUUGUAGCAAUUUUCAUAUUCGCCUAUUUUACCCUUCUUCUAUCUACCUUUCUCUCUCUAAUAACCCACUCCUUAAAGUUUCAAUCUUUAUUUCUCAUUGAAUCUCAUUGAAAAUCUAAUCUAAUCUAAGCAUAAUUUUGGUAUGAUGGGUGUUUUAAUUGAUUUAAACACUGUCAAUGAAGAUGAAGAUACUACUAACUAUUACCAAAAUAGUAACAAUAGUACCCAAAAUCUCCAAGAUUCAAACUUUAGUCUUUCUUCUCCGAAUUCAUCUUCACCAUCUUCAUCUGUUUGUAUGGAGUUAUGGCAUGCUUGUGCUGGUCCUUUGAUUUCUUUACCCAAAAAGGGUAGCUUGGUAGUUUACUUACCUCAAGGUCAUCUUGAAGAACAUCAUCAACAUCAACAACAGCAUAAUAUGCCUGAAUUUGAUUUUUCAUGUGGGGUUAAUAGUAGUAGUAAUAAUAAUAAGAAGAAUAAUGCUUUUGAUUCCCACCAAAACAAUAUUCCUCCUCACGUGUUCUGUCGUGUUCUUGAUGUUAAACUCCAUGCUGAAGUGGCAACUGAUGAGGUUUAUGCUCAAGUUUCUCUAAUCCCAGAAAGCCAGAUUGAGGAGAAACCGAGAGAGAGUGAGACAGAUGUUGAGGGAGAUGAAGAGGAUUUUGAUGAUGUGGUCAAGUCUACUACACCACACAUGUUCUGCAAGACUCUUACCGCCUCCGAUACCAGCACUCAUGGAGGUUUCUCGGUCCCUCGUCGUGCUGCCGAGGACUGCUUCCCUCCCUUGGAUUAUAAGCAGCAAAGGCCAUCUCAGGAGCUUGUUGCAAAGGAUCUGCAUGGAGUGAAGUGGACUUUCAGACAUAUUUACAGAGGCCAGCCGAGGAGGCAUUUGCUUACAACUGGUUGGAGUGCUUUUGUGAACAAGAAGAAGCUGGUUUCUGGAGAUGCUGUACUCUUCCUUAGAGGUGCUGAUGGGGAGUUGAGAUUAGGAAUCCGAAGAGCAGUUCAACUGAAAGGGCCUGCAUUGUUUUCUGCUCUUUCUGGUAGACCGUUGUGCAAUCAGAGUGUGUCUGCUGCAAUCGACGCCAUAUCUUCUGGACGUGUUUUCAGUGUCUGUUACAACCCAAGGGCAAGCUCAUCUGAGUUUGUUGUGCCAUUCCGGAGGUUCAUGAAGAGUCUAGACACUUCUUUCAGCGUGGGAAUGAGGUUCAAAAUGCGUUUUGAGGCAGAAGAUGCUGGUGAAAGAAGGUACACUGGAGUAGUGACUGGAAUGGCCGAGUUGGAUCCCAUGAGAUGGCCUGGAUCUAAAUGGCGUUGCCUAAUGGUAAGGUGGGAUGAUGUUGAAGUGAAUCGCCAUGGUAGAGUUUCUCCAUGGGAAAUCGAGGCAACUGGUUCAUUCCCGAGUCCCAGCAGCAUGAUGUCCACUGGCCUAAAAAGGAGCAGAAUUGGCAUGCCGUUGUCUAAACCAGAAUUUUCAAUUCCUAGUGGAGUUGGUAUAGCGGACUUUGGGGAAUCCUUAGGAUACCGGAAGGUCUUGCAAGGUCAAGAAAAAUUGGGUUCUCGUUCAGCCUGUAAUGGUAAUGAUAACCCUCAUCCCCCCCUGUCUGAACCUGGAAGAUGCUAUCCUAGCUCCAUUCCGCAAGGUGAUUUUGGCAGGACUGCCAAAGGCGUAGGCUUCAGGGAAUCAUUCCGAUUCCAAAAGGUCUUGCAAGGUCAAGAAAUACAUCAUUCAAGUCCGGCUCACAUGGAUGGGUUAACAACAUCAAGCAACCGCAGGCAUGAAGGUGGUAGUCCCUUUGAGAUUUUCGAAGGUGUCCGAGUGCCUAACUGUGGAAACGGAUGGCUGAAGGCACAAGUCUCUUCACCAUCCUCGGUCCUAAUGUUCCCACAUGGCAGCAUUCAGCCAGCUCGGAGCUUCAGAACUCCCGUGUGUCAACCCAGGAUGAUGAGUACAGAACAUGUAAAGUGUUCGAGUGUUCCUGCAUACAAUCCUCUCUUGAAAGGUGGUAACGACUUAAUUCCCGCUGCUAAAACCAGUUGUAGGCUAUUCGGGUUUUCUCUUACUGAAGGGGAACACAGCAUAGAUAAAGACAGAAAACAUAGCUCGUUUCCAGCACCCGAGACCUCAUAUUGGCCUCUUGUUGAAGGGCAGCCAUGCUACAAGUCUCCAUCUGUGACCAAAGUUGCCAGCAACUGCCCCGCAUCAAACAAUCUAUAUUCUGUAAGAGAUAUGCUUCUUGAUAUCACUCUUUAAUAGUAAGAAGUAAGAACAUGUUACCUUCAACUUUGGGGCUACGAACAAAACAAUGGUUCGAUUAGCCAAGUGACAGUUUUAGUAGGAAAUCCGCAGAAUGCUUUUGUGUAACAACGGAAAAAAGAUUGUAUUAGGAUGAUUUGCUUUAUGUUUAAGUUGUACUAUUCAAGAAAAUGAUUUGUAAUUGUUUAACUUGCGUCGUAGUGUAGACCGACCAAAUCUAAUUAUGCAUGUAUGAAUAUUUUUUCCUAGAA